UUCCCUUGCCUCAUCCUCUGCAUCGGCUUCCCUCCACCAAUACCCUCGCACGCACCGUUUUUCGUUGCUGAUCCUCGUCUCGACUGCUGGCUCGUCUCAUCUCGUCAACCUUCUUCCUACUCGAUCUCAGUCAGAAUGGUCGGUCACGGCACCACGGGGAUGCUCGGAGAAGAUGGCAUCCAUGUUGAUAUGAACCAUCUCAAGAGUGGCGAGGUCAAUCUCGGUACCUCGAUUAUGGCUAUCAACUUCAAAGACGGCGUGAUCCUCGGCGCCGACAGUCGAACGACAACCGGAGCUUAUAUCGCCAACCGUGUGACGGACAAGCUGACACAGGUCCACGAUACCAUCUGGUGCUGCCGAUCCGGAUCGGCUGCCGAUACGCAGGCCGUGGCGGACAUCGUCGCCUACCAUCUGAACAUGUACUCCAUCGUCAACAACGAGGCGCCCAGCACCCAGGUGGCGGCGUCGUUGUUCCAGGAGCUGUGCUAUGAGAACAAGGACAUGCUGAGUGCGGGCAUCAUCAUUGCCGGAUAUGACCCGCGACACGGCGGACAGGUGUACUCGAUACCGUUGGGCGGAUCGCUACACAAGCAGGCGUACUCGAUUGGCGGAUCGGGCUCGACCUACAUCUACGGCUACUGCGAUGCGAACUGGAAGGAGAACAUGACGGAGGAAGAGGGCAUCAACUUUGUGCGAAGUGCGCUGCGGGAGGCGAUCAAGUGGGAUGGCAGCUCGGGCGGAGUGAUUCGCCUGGUGGUGCUGACGGCAAAGGGAGCGGUGAGACAUCUCUACCUGCCGCACAUCGACUAUACCGGGCCCGGCGUCACCAAUUGAUUGUUCCGAGAUGAUUUUGUGGACGUAUGCAUUUCCUAUGGAAUGAUGAUGUGAUUUUCUUUAUUUCGUUUCAUUUGGUCAUCGUAAUUCGAAGAGGGAAUCUGAAGGGAAGAUGUGAGGAGGGAGAGAGACGAAGACGUCAGUGGCCCAAUGAAUUCGCCGCCAUCGACACACCUGCGCCGUCGGGCCGCUGCCAUUCGUCCGCUGCAGCCGCCGUCGUAGACCAGGAGUGUUUUAAGUAGUGACCAAGUAGGUGACCUGGAGGUGACCGAGAGGUGGUUGGUGAUGGAAGACAGACAAUUGAAUUCUCUGGCGCUGGCCAUCCUGACGAUCCCGAGUUACCGCAGUGACUGCUCCUUGCCGC